ACGCGAAGAAGUUCCGUUCCGAGCGGCAAUGAAAGCAGUGCGUGCCAUCUCCAACUUGAGCAAAAUAUUCUAAAGGCGACGAUUACGCCACUGUACGGAAUCGCAAUUACGACGCGCGACCAAUACCGGCAUCUCAAGUGAUUUGAAAUACUCCCCCGGGACGAUGUCUUUGGUGUGUGCAAUCUCCAACGAGGUGCCGGAGCAUCCGUGCGUCUCUCCGGUGUCCAACCAAGUGUUUGAGCGCCGGCUCAUCGAGAAGUACAUUGCGGAGAAUGGGACGGAUCCGAUGAAUGGGCAGCCGCUGUCGGAGGAGCAACUUGUCGAUAUCAAAAUCUCCCACCCUAUUAGACCAAAGGCACCAUCAGCGACAAGCAUUCCUGCCAUUCUAAAGUCCCUCCAAGAUGAGUGGGAUGCUGUUAUGCUUCACAGCUUCACCUUAAGGCAGCAGCUGCAGACGACUCGCCAAGAGCUCUCUCACGCCCUCUACCAACACGAUGCCGCAUGCAGAGUCAUCGCUCGACUCACCAAAGAGGUCACUGCGGCCAGAGAAGCUCUUGCCACGCUCAAACCUCAGGCUGGGUUGAUCACACCUCAGGCAGCCCCUGCUUCGCAGCCCACAGCAGUGGGUGCUGCUGGAGAGCCAAUGGAGAUUAAUGAACAAGUGGGCAUGACUCCGGAGAUCAUCCAGAAGCUUCAAGACAAAGCCACAAUUCUUACCACAGAGAGAAAGAAGAGAGGAAAAACUGUCCCAGAGGAACUGGUUAGAGCUGAAGAUCUUGGAAGGUACCGCCAAGUGGCCUCUCAUGCUGGUCUUCACAGUGCCAGUGUGCCUGGUAUUCUUGCUCUGGAUCUGUGUCCGUCAGACACCAACAAAGUGCUCACUGGUGGUGCUGAUAAAAACGUGGUCGUGUUUGACAAGAGCGAGGAGCAGAUUGUGGCAACGCUGAAGGGUCACACCAAGAAGGUCACAUCUGUCAUCUACCAUCCAUCCCAGUCUGUGGUUUUCUCUGCAUCUCCCGACACCACGAUCCGUGUGUGGUCCGUCACUGGGGGCAACUGUGUCCAGGUGGUGCGUGCCCACGAGGCAGGUGUCACUGGAUUGUCGCUGCACGCCACUGGGGACUACCUGCUCAGCUCCUCUGAGGAUCAGUACUGGGCCUUCUCUGACAUCCAGACCGGCCGAGUCCUCACUAAAGUCACAGAUGAAAGCGCCGGCUGUGCUCUCACCUGUGCUCAGUUCCACCCAGAUGGUCUCAUUUUUGGCACUGGAACUGCUGACUCCCAGAUCAAGAUCUGGGACCUGAAGGAGCGCACCAACGUGGCCAACUUCCCUGGUCACUCUGGCCCCGUCACUUCUAUUGCUUUCUCCGAGAACGGAUACUAUCUGGCGACAGGUGCACAGGAUAGUUCUCUGAAACUCUGGGAUCUGAGGAAACUCAAGAACUUUAAGACAAUCACACUGGACAACAACUAUGAGGUGAAGUCGCUCGUGUUUGACCAGAGCGGCACCUACCUGGCUGUAGGAGGGUCGGACAUCCGCGUCUACAUCUGCAAACAAUGGUCUGAGGUCCUCAAUUUCACAGAUCACACAGGUUUGGUGAGCGGCGUGGCCUUCGGAGAGAACGCUCGUUUCCUGAGCUCUGCAGGAAUGGACCGAAGUCUCAAGUUUUACAGUUUGUAGAAAAGCAUAUGUUGAUAAUGACGUGAGGUAGACAGCUGGGAUAGACCAGAGACUAUGGAUACAUAAUUGGCAUAGACAUAAUUUGUAGUUUAAAAAAAAAAAACACAGCUAAAUCUUCUUUUUAGUAUGUUUGUCCUCGUGCACAAAAAAGUCAAACUAUCUAUUGGAACGGUCAGCAGCAUAAUUUCAAAAUCUAUUUUGCAGUGUCAGUAAAAAUAAUGUGAAUUGAGAUACAGAUGCAGUGUCAUGUCCUCUUUUAUUUUCAAGCAUCCCUGAUUUAAACUGUUGUAUUUUCAAUGUGUUUGUGUGUAAGGGGGGUGGGGGCAUAGGUGAGUUCAUAAAAUUCCCUAUCUUAAUGUUGGCAAGUUUAAAUGGUUUGAUGAAUGUGCAUCUGGAGUAACAAUAGCGGAGAAGAUGAGGUGUUUGAAAUCCCUUGAUUUAAUUUUUCUCUUUCCUUUUCGAAAUUUGUUCACUAUUGUUGAUGGCUGGCUAAUCAAAUGUGUAUUUCUCACAAUGUGCUAUUUUACCUGUCUCAACUGUGCUCCUUUACAAUAAAAUGUCUUUUGUAUGGCA